AUGGCUGGUGCGCAGACAGGUGGGGAGAAUGAUCCUGUGGCCAUCACGGAUCCUAAGCAGUUGCCCCUGACGCAGCCGAGCACUGACACAGCUGAGCCACAAGCAGAUAUUGGAGCGCUGCCGUUGACGCAACUAGCUCCAGCCCUCCCGGAAAUUACUCAAACUGAGGGCAGAAUCUUCAGGCGAAGUACUAUGGAGACAGCAAUGGAUUUUUGGGAGGGUCUCAUGGGUGAAGACCUAGUUCUCCCCGAUGGAGUGGAGCCAGAUCGGGCCGUAGUCGAAGGUGAAGGACGCGAAGAGGAGACAAUAAGACUCGUGGAUGAUGGACUAGUUGGCGCAGCUCAGAAAGAAGAUGAUUCUUCCUCCACUGGCUCGUGUGUGGGUUUGGUUGUGGAGGUCACUCCACCUGUAUCUGUGCCGCAUGGGACAAUAUGUUUUCUACAUUUAUGUUAUAACGAUUGCAAGGUUAUCCAAACAAAGAUUAAUACGGCCUCCGGUUUGCAUGCAGCAUCUAAUCGUGGAUCUAGCAGCCAAGUGCAUGCGCCCGUUGUGGCGUCUGGGAGUGGAAUUUCAGUUGGAGAAAAAACUCAGGACCAAACUACUGUGGUCGUGACAACAGAGCUAGGCCUAACCAUUGACCGCGGUGGUGUGGCGGAUCCCGGCCCCCAGGAUGUGGCAACUAAGAAACCAAACUCAUCGUCUGAUGAAAGUGGAGAUGAUGGCUAUGUGGGAUCAGGUGAUAAAGACCUUUUCGUUGGAAAGACUUUUGAGAAUCGAGAUGCAUUCAAGCAUCACAUGGCUUUGUAUGCUAUCAAAAACAAGUUCGUCUAUCGUUGUGCGAAAUCAUCACCUUCGGUUAUGGUGCUCGAAUGUGUUGGUCUGACAUGCACUUGGCGAGUUUAUGCAGUGCUGGUCAAGGGUUCGAAUAUGUACGAGGUCCGUAAGAUCGGUGGUGAGCAUUGUUGUAGUGUUGAUGAGCGAGCUGGGUACCAAAGACAGGCGACAUCAAGCGUCAUUGGAGGGUUGUUAAGGCAACAGUUCAGUGGAACAGGUGCGGGUCCGCGCCCCGGUGAUAUCAGACAGGUUAUGAGGGGGGAUCAUGCUGUUAACAUCUCUUAUUGGAAAGCUUGGCGUUCACGCGAGCUGGCGGUGGACAUAGCCAAGGGGUCGUGUGGUGCUUCGUACAAGAGCCUUCCCAACUAUUUACAAAGGCUGGUUGAGGCUAAUCCAGGGACCAUUACCCAGUUACAUACAGAAUAUGUGGAAGAGUUGGGGUACCGCUUCAAGUAUAUGUUCGUUGCUUUGGGGGCGUGCGUGAAGGGUUUUCAAUAUAUGCGGAAGGUUGUGGUCGUGGAUGGCACACAUCUGAGAGGGAAGUACGCGGGUUGUCUCUUGACUGCUUCUGCGCAAGAUGGGAACUAUCAGAUCUUUCCCCUAGCUUUUGCUAUAGUCGAUGGGGAAAAUGAUAAGUCGUGGGAAUGGUUUUUUCAUAAGUUAUCGUCGAUCGUGCCUGACAAUGACAGUGUGGUGUUCGUUUCAGACAGACAUGCCUCGAUUUACCAAGGUUUGAGCAAGGUGUAUCCACUCGCUGGGCAUUGUGCCUGCAUCAUCCACCUAAAAAGGAACAUCAAGACUCUUUUUAAAGAGCGACAGCUGGGUUACCUCGUCUCUAAGGCAGCCAGGGCUUUUAGGAUGGGAGAGUUUUACACAACCUUGACUGAGAUUAGGUCGAUCAACCAAUGGUGUGCUGACUACCUCGUUGAUAUAGGUCUCCAGCAUUGGACUAGAUCCCACUUUCCAGGGGACCGCUACAACAUCAUGACGAGUAAUCUGGCCGAAUCUUGGAAUUCGGUGCUUCGGGAUGCAAGGGAAUACCCUGUUAUAACAUUGGUGGAGUUCAUACGAAAGAAGCUGGUUAGCUGGUUCACCUCGAGACGUGAUGCUGUGAAGGACGUGGAUGCGGGUUUGACACCAAAGGUUAACAGUUUACUAGCUGCGAGCUUUGAAAUAUGUGGCGGAUACGAUGUAAGGAAGCUGGAUAACGAUGAGUAUGAGGUCCAGGAUCUGAGAGGAGCAUCGUUCGUCGUCAGUUUGACAGAUAGGUCAUGCUCGUGCUUUGAGUUUCAGAAGCUAAGUAUCCCAUGUUCUCAUGCGAUUGCGGCUGCUUUGAAAGCAAAUGUAAGGGUGGAGGGGCUGGUUGGCGAUGUGUACACUAUCGGAUACCUGAAGGCAGCUUAUGCUGAGCAUGUUUCACCGCCUGUUGAACUGAACACCAGUAAUCAGUUGGCUGAUGAUAUAGCUGCGAUUUCUCUGCAUCCACCAGUUACCCGACGCCCUCCGGGUAGGCCAAGGAAGAAGAGGUUCUUCUCUCGUGGUGAAGUUAAGAUGAAGAAAACACUAAGGUACUGUAGCCGGUGCAAGGGGAUUGGGCAUAACCGUGCUACAUGCAAACAAGCAAUAUAA